UUCUAUCCUCCUUUUUCCUUUACUAAGGAAAGAACAUCUUUCUCUCUCCAGUAAAAUAGUCUCUCUUCCUCAACUCAUGCACUUCUUUGGAUGAUAUGACAGUGAUCGACGAAGAGGGGGGCAGGCCAAGAGUUUAAGAUCAUUUGAGAAGAUGAGAUCUCUUGUUUCGUUGGUGGGUAUUGGCCUUCUGGCUUGCAUCUUCAGCUGCUACUCCAUGUGUGCUGAUUCACAGAGUGUACCUGGAGGUGCUACUGUUCAGCUUAACGUUUCUGUUGGUCGAUCUGCCGUCGCGAAUGUCGAGGAUGACUUUGUUUGCGCGACUUUGGAUUGGUGGCCCCCUGAGAAAUGUGAUUAUGGAACAUGCAGUUGGCAUCGUGCUUCUCUGCUGAAUCUGGAUCUUAGCAACAAGAUGUUGUUCAACGCGAUAAAGGCAUUUUCAUCAUUGAAGAUCAGAUUGGGCGGUUCCUUACAAGACAAGGUCUUAUAUGCCACUGACGAUCUUAAGCAACCCUGCCCUCAAUUCACUAAAGACCCCAAAUCAAUGUUUGGAUUCACUGAGGGCUGCCUGACCAUGGCUAGAUGGGAUCAGUUGAAUGCAUUUUUCAAGCAAACUGGCGCCAAAGUUAUCUUUGGGUUAAAUGCACUUAAUGGGCGAACCAUACAGCGACCACAUGGCCCUGCAGUGGGUGCUUGGGACUCUAAGAAUGCUGAAUCAUUUAUACGAUAUACCGUCAGCAAGAAUUACACCAUUCUCGGUUGGGAAUUUGGAAAUGAAUUGAGUGGGAGUGGAGUCGGUACCAGAGUUGCAGCAAGCCAGUAUGCAUCUGAUACAUUACAUCUGAAGAACCUGGUGUUAGACAUUUACAAGAGCAUUGAACCGAAGCCUCUCAUCCUGGCACCAGGAGGAAGCUAUGAUGCACUUUGGUUCAAGGAAUACUUGGACAAGACCCCAAAAUCCUUGGAUGCAAUUACUCUUCACAUCUACAAUCUCGGAUCAGGGGCUGAUCAGCACCUCAUUGAGAAGAUUCUAAACCCAACAUAUCUUGAUGGCAUAGCUAAAACAUUUAGAAAGCUGCAAAGCACAAUUAAGGGUUCUGCUUCGGCUACUUCGGCAGUAGCAUGGGUUGGUGAAGCAGGAGGAGCUUUCAAAAGCGGCCGCGACGGCGUUUCGAAUGCGUUUGUGUACAGCUUCUGGUAUCUGGAUCAGAUGGGCAUUGCCUCUACUUUUGAUACAAAAACGUACUGCAGACAAUCACUGAUAGGUGGAAAUUAUGGUUUGCUUGAUGCAACUUCCAACAAUCCAAAUCCUGAUUACUACAGCGCGCUACUUUGGCACCGACUCAUGGGCAGAAAAGUCCUGGGAGCGAGCUUCUCUGGAUCGAACAAGAUCCGAGUCUAUGCUCAUUGUGCAAAAGCCUCCAAAGGGGUCACAUUGCUGAUGAUAAACCUGGACGGCAGCUCCAUUUUUGAGGUCAUGGUUGAAGGUUUAAAGAACAGCGUUUCGCUUCCGAAAGGCUUAAACGACGCAAAUAUGAGAGAAGAAUACCAUCUAACGCCGCAGGAUGGGAAUCUGCACAGCCAGACAUUGCUGCUUAAUGGAAACAUAUUAGCCGUGAGUCCGUCUGGCGACAUACCUGCUCUGGAACCGAAAUACUUGAAUUCGACAAGUUCAAUAGUAGUCGGUCCUCACUCUAUUGUGUUUGCUCACAUGCCAUAUCAUGUCAUUCCGGCUUGUAAUGGAUAGGAGAUGGAACCCCGAAUUAGCUUCCUGAUGAAGUUUAUUGAAGAAGAGAAAUAAUGCAAUUUGUUCUCUUU